AUGGAUGGUGUUGAAGUUCUUGAAGAUGAUCCAUUUAUUCACACUCCUAUUAAAGAACUAUUUCUACCUAAAUCAAUUAAAAAAAUUCAUCAAUACAAUCCUUUUACUGUAAUGUCUGAACUAGAAAACAUAUUUGUUGAUGAAAAUAAUCCAUAUUUCACAUCUCUCAAUGGAGUGUUAUAUACUAAAGAUUAUUCAGAGUUGAUUCAUUUUCCAAGGGCAAAAAACUUAACUAUAUAUUAUCCGCAUCCAGGCACUCGAAUAUUAAGAGAACAAUCUUUUGAACAUCAUCCAAAAAUUACAACAAUUGUUUUUAAGAAUUUAAUAACAAGUGUCAAAGAAAAUGCUUUUUACAACAAUUCCAAUAUGAGGAAUCUUAUUUUCCCAUUAGGUGUUUCUCUUUCAACUUCUGUUUUUGAUUCUUUAGUAAAUUUCAAAUAA